CCCGCUAGCCCCGUCCCCCCCGCCGGCCGCAGCAUGAGCGCGGCGAGCGAUGCGUACGUCUUUAUAAAAGACAUAAAACCCGGACUGAAAAACUUAAAUGUCGUCUUUAUUGUGCUGGAGAUCGGGCGCGUCACCAAGACCAAGGACGGGCACGAGGUGAGGUCCUGCAAGGUGGCCGACAAGACGGGCAGCAUCACCAUUUCCGUGUGGGACGAGAUCGGCAGCCUCAUCCAGCCGGGGGACAUCAUCCGCCUCACCAAAGGGUAUGCAUCUCUGUGGAAAGGCUGUUUGACACUUUACACAGGACGAGGAGGAGAGCUGCAUAAAAUUGGGGAGUUCUGCAUGGUAUACUCAGAAGUGCCAAACUUCAGUGAGCCCAACUCAGAACACAUUGGACAGAGCAAACUGGCUCAAGGUGAACAGAAUAAUAGUUGUGCAUCGAGUAAUAUGAGUUCUUGUACUUUCGGGCCACUGGGAAAUGGUUUACAAACUGGACCCGAAUCAAGUGGAUUUCCAUUUACAUAUAAUCACGGCCACUCUUACGCAGGUAGUGGGAGAGGCAAUGGACGAGGACCUGUAAAUCCAGCAACAGCUAAUAGUGUUCAGCCUCUUCCCCCUGCUGUCAGUAAUGGGAGGGACCCACGCAGAGCCUUUAAAAGAUGACUAUGCCAAAUGUGCUUGUACAGCUUGCUUAAACUCUACACUCUACUUGAACACUUAUUGCACUUUUAUUUAUGGUUAACUGUGAACCAGUUUGUCUUUUUUUUUUUUUAACCUUUUGGUCUAUGGAGCAAACUUAAUGUGAUAUUUUUGUUUUGCUUAGGGAAGCACAGGGAGUCUUCCCAUAAAUUAAAGGAAUAGGGAGAAAAGGUGGAUAAUAAAGAGGGUUGAGGGGUAAUGGUUUGAAGAGUCUCAAUUAAAACUCAAUACCCUUUGUCAAAUGGAAGCAAAUUUUGGUAAUGUGUAUGUAUUUUUCUGUUUCUCUUGGUCAACCAUAGAGCCUUAAAUGGUUUGUCACGUCCUGUGUGCACAUACGUUGACUUCCAAUAGUGGGAGUACUUUGUAUUGGAAGAGAAAUGUUGGAGAAGGGAAAACGCUGUAGUGAACUAGGUGUCCUUAGAAUGGGCAUAGCUUGCAAAAGCAAUAAGUAUAAGGAAGUGAUGUCGUCAGCACUUUGUGGUGCCUCCUAAAUCAGAACUAUUAACGUAGACAGAAGUUGAAGACCUCGGAAGUGUCUUGAGGCCUUACCUCCAAUUCCAAAAGCCUGUAUACUCUUCUAAAGAAAAAAUCUCAGUAAUACACCAUUAUCAGUGUCAAGGAGAGCAACACUGAUUAUUUUUGCUUUGGGUAGAAGCUUGGAUACUCAUUCUUACUUUGCUUGGAAUGCGACAGAUCUAAAUACAGGUAGCGCUGGAGAAUACUGUUCGUAGCUAUGCCUGGUAUAGAAAGCUCAGAGCUAGUUUUACUGGACUCUGCAUCUCCAAGAAAGAAUGAGUUUCAGAAACUGUUCUCAAAUGCUGCAUUGCAUCUCUCUUUGAUGAGGCUGCCUACUUUUCCUUCAUUCACUUUUCCAAAUGAAUUAUACAUUAGAUCAAGCUGGAUGUGUUGAUUGCAGAGGUACUGGCCAAGCACACAGCUGCAGUUCUGAUGCUUUAAGCUUUUGUCCCUCUGUUUUAUGUGGAAUACGAGUUAUCCCUUAGAGAACUUAACCCCCACCCCAAUCUUCCCAGGAGGGAAAUAGCUGUGGUUUUAUUUCUGAUAUUACAAAUGUUUUGAGGCUAGAUAUUAAAAGUUCUGUGCCAUAUUUCAGAUCAGGUUUAAAAUACAACUUCGAAGCUGAGAUGUCAUACUGGAUUCAUCUGUUUAACUCUUCUUAUAGCUGACCUCUCAAAUAAAAAUUGCACUAACCAUUUAAAAAAAAAAAAAAACAAAUCUAACUCUCUUUGUCAAGCCGAAAAGACUUUGUGACAAAAAGCUAUUUCUGAAUUGCAAGUUGUCUGCGUCAUCCUUGUUAGUUGAAUAUAUCCCGAAAUUAUUGUUGUUUACAAGUUAUGUUUGGUACUCUAUUAAGAUAUGUUGACAAUUGCCUCUGAGGGGCAAAGGUUCCUUGCUUAAUUCUGAAAUACCAAUCUGUCUUUUAAAAGCAGGCAGCAGCAAAUAUCUGAAGGAAGCUCUAGGGAGGCUUGCGUACUGUUUGUCUCCCGUUCAAGUGUUUUCCUGAUGCCUGCUGCCAAAUUUGUCUUGCAUACAGGGGAGGGUGACGCGCCUCCUGAGGACACUCGCUGGUGCUGAUACGGGACAACAGCGGUAACUUGUAAACCUAAAGCACGCAGUGAAUUCUGGGGAGGUGGUGUAAAGAAAUGUGUAACUCAGGGACUUCAAAUUGCUUAUGUAUUAAGAAAAAUAAGACCUUGCAUAGAGCGUAGACGUGUGGAGAAGCUUUUAUGUGGUGUUGCAUUAAGAUGUUUGAUAUGCUUGUGAGAAGGAAGCCAGGAGGACUUCUAAACCUGUGAAGUACGCGUGACGUGUUCCAAAGGUAAAUGAGAUGCAAAUAUAGUGGAAGAGUUGUGCUUUGCAGUCACAGCUGUAACUGUAGUAAGUGAGCAGUGCAAUUGAUAGCACAGUGGUGACUUUGUAUUUGUUGGGAUUCCUCAGUUGUGGAUGUCUGCAAUCCUAGUGAUCUUGGUUUCUCUACAAUAAUAAAGAAGGUUGAUUAUAGUUCUGAACCCAUUCUCAGUGUAUGCUGAGGUACUUACCUGGUGUUUUCAGCUCUAUGCAUUUGGUCUUUUUAUUAAGCUAAUAAAUGAAGUUGUUCACAUACAAAAUAGAGAUUACUAAUGAUGUGAAAUUUAAAUGUUUGUUGCCAAAUGGACAAUUGAUUUGCAGUUGGGAGGAAAGAAAGCACAAGAGGCCGGUCUCCAUGUUUUCAAGGUUAGUAACGUUCCUGCCUUUCUGUUUCUUGUGUGAAACUAUUUCAAUUUAUUAAUGAAUUUUUACUUCUUUGCAGGGGAGAUCUGUGCCCUGAAAAGUCGCAUGGACUUAAAGUAAAUAAUCAUAGCAACUUUUCAAGGUUCCUCUGAGCUUCCUGUGAACCUAAUAGAAAAAAGUUGUUUCCCUCAGAGGUAUCAGUGUCAAGAUAGAGAGCUCUCAACUUCCAGAGGCAUCUGCGAGCCUGCCUUGCAUCUGGAUCCUGUCACCUUGCUGUAUGGAGGCUUGCACAGAAACAUUUCUCUGUGUAAACAAGCAGUGGUCAUGAAUUACUCAGACACUAUAAGCCUGUUUGUGGGGCCCACUGGUUAGGACUAUAGGAAGUUUUUAACACAAGUCUUUAGGUAGAUCCUGCGCAGCCCUUCCUUUAGAUUAUUCUCAUUUUAUGGAGUGUAGAUCACAGCAGGAUAAACUUGGAAGAUGCUCACCUGUCCAAACUACAGCUUGCAGUGCAUUUGGGUAUCCAAAUCACUAGUGCUGCUGUCUUCCCCUACGCCAAAGGGACUGCUCCAGACUUCAGCAAUAUUGCAGUGCAGAGUUUUGCUACGUGCUUAAAUCCUAUCUCAGAAUGAGUCUGUCCAUUCCUUCUUAAAGUGGAAAAGCAGCCCUGUACUGUGAGGCACCACUUAGCCUUCAACAUGUGCUGAGGCCACGUGAUCUACAACCACAGGGAUAAGGGAGGGAGGAGGGGGUGCUAAGUAACAUGAAACCAGUGAUUAUGCAUCACAUGCCUCCGUCUUGUGUUUACAAGUCAUCUGAAUAGCUUUGGCCUUUAGUUAAAACUGCCCAAGCUGCAGUCCUGUGCAGAUUUACAGUAUUGCACAAGUACUGUUAAGCGUAUGGGCACUGAGUGCUGCUUCUGUGAAGGUGCUGUGGGCUGUGUGACACCUUUUUCUGUGUAAGUGAAGUCUGUAUAGGUGAGAAAAGUAUUGUGAGGAUGCUAGUCGUGGCCUGACAGCUCGUAUCUCUGAGCCCAAAUGAGUUUUUGUAGGCCCUAAUGCCCAUGUUUUGCUGGUGGACUGGUUGUUCUAUGGUCCUCUACAGCUAAUGCCCUUACCGUCCCAAAACCAAGAGUUGUUGCCUGUUCUCAUAGAGGCAGAUUCAAGUGUUUCAGCUGGAGCUUCCCCACUGUGUUCUCGAAGGCCUGGUGUUUUCCCUGCUCCUUUUGCAUUUGUGAAGUUUUGCCUUGUUUUUCUCUAGCCAGGGAGCCAAGCAUUUCUUAGCAUGACCAAAUGCAAUCUGGCAGUGUUUUCCAGGGGAGCCCAGCGUGGCUUUGCACGCCAAAUUAGCCAGGGGCUUGCUCCUAACCAUCUCACAUUGAUCAACUUCAGGAGAUUCUCCCCUUAGCUGAGCACCAGCAUGUUACAGGAAAGUGUGGGCAGCCUGGGUCCUAUGGCAGGGUACCCACAUCCCAUUUUAUCCGUAUAAAACAAAGCAGGGGGCAACUGCCGCUGCGUCACUUCGAGAACUCAUUCAGGGAAGCACUUCCUGACUUCAGCUGUCAUCAUGUUAUUCAUUCCCUUCCCUGUAGUCACGUUCCAGGGAGGUUGAGUUUGUUGCAGCCCUUUGUGGGGUUUAUGCUUUUUGAUCCAUUCUGUGCUGGGCAUCUGUGCGUGUAUGUAUGCAUGUGAACACAGCAUCUUGCAGUGGGGAUGGUAAAAGUCCUAAGAAAGCGAGUUACUAAACUACAGAGGGUGGAGUUCAAAGGGAUUAGAAGCUAAGUUUGGAGAUGACUAAGGGGAACAGUUAAGGACUGUGUUUGGAUUCAUAAAUCUCCAAAUUCCUGACGCUUGUCUUUUUUUUUUUUUCCUCAGGAAGAAAGCAAUGUAGGUAUAAGAGCUGUGUUUAUAGCCAUGCUCCCAGCUGAUAAACAGGGACCAGGUUUAUACAUUUCCUAGGGAGCAAGAUUAGAAAGGAAUGAAACAUCAGGAUUUGUCAGAGCUCAGGGAGAAUUCUCGUGUGCUGGUAACUGUUCAGAGCUAAUUCCCUCCUGUGAGCUGAAAUGGGGUGGAGUCUGUGCUGCUCAGGGGAAGUCCAAGGCGCUGCUGUGCUCCAGUGCUGACCGGCUGCCAUGUGGUAGGGAAACUGGUAUGUAAAAGGAAUAAAUCAGCUUAAAAAUUGAUAACCCGAGCUCUAAAAUAGUGCAGUUGCACGUUGCAGGACCAUGUAGUGAUGUGUGAGUUCUCGCUGCGUGUGAUCACGGUUUGCCUUUGGCCCUGUGCAGGCAGUAGGAUCGCAGCUGUGAAAGCAGAGGUGAUGGGCAGAGCUGCUGGGAGCUGAACUCAGCAUUGGUGUAGAAGCUGAAUGCAAUGGAAAAGCUGAAAGCCACAGCCACUGUGUAGGCUUUUCUUUCUAAAUUGAGAAAAUUAGGUACACAGGUGAAAUUCGCAUUUCUCUCUUUUUUUUUUCCUGAAGGGGAGGGAAGGGAGAGCAAAGCCCCACAUCCUGCCAGGUGGGCUGUGCAACCAUUUGCAUCUGAUCUGUUCCACCUGGUGCUGCUCCUGGGCCAGGCCCUUUGUAACGGGGCGGGCACAGGGAAUAUUCUCAGACAUAUAUUCCUGCUUGCUUCGGAGACCCUUAUAGCUGGGAGGCAGCAGGUAAAGCCUGGAACAGGAGAGCUGGUGACUUUGGCAGGUAGAUGUUUAAAACGCUUGGACAAAUGCUGUCAGGAGUGGUUUGGGGAGAGGGGGAGUGAUUUUGGCACAGGGCAAGUGUGAGGAUGCAUUAAAUGAUCUCCUGAAGCUCUUUCCACUGUUAUUUUGUAUGAUUUAUGCAUUAGCUUCGUUUUUGUAAUUUCCUCUUUUCUAGGUUGAUUAAUGCUAAAUUUAAUUUUCUGUAAUCAACUUGAGCAUGCAACUUGAAGAGAUGAGGUUUAGGCUGAUUGCAGUAAAAGUCUACCUAUCCUGUCUAGCUUGAAUAAAGCAAAACUAUUUUUAUCUCUAAA